AUGAGCACGGUCAACAAUAACAUCAAACCUAAACAACAAAUACUAAUUACAGAUAUUCCUAAGGAACAGUUUAAUAAUGAUUGGCCAUCAGCCUUAAAAAAAGAGCUAUUUGAAAAAAAAUUUCCUGAAUUACUACCUGACCUAUUAUAUUAUACGCCUUUACCAUUUUUAAGUAGGUUAAUCAUAAUCUUCAAUAAAGAAUCAUGUGCAAGAAGAGUAUAUGAUUAUAUAACUGGUAAAGACAACGGUAUCAAGAUUGUUCCUGGUGUUAAUAUAUAUUUGGUUGAGUCCUUAUUACAAAAAAAACAUAGAUCUAAAUCUUUUACUGGUUCCAUAAAUCAGUUACCUUCUGUUAUAACUACAGAUUUGCAACAGGAAAUCAGUUCAACGUUGAGCCCUAAUAGUAUAAACAACGUAAACACUUCACCAACAGUGUUGAAGUAUGAUAAUAAGGUACGCUAUUAUCAGGAGCCCUUACCAAAGUGUACUCCUGUUAACAUUGCUAAUCAGCAACAGCAACAACAACAGCAGCAACAGCAAGCUUCUCCUGUUACACCAUCGUUUAUGAUGUCAGCUUCUAUUGAAAACAACAAGGAUGCCAACGUUAAUAAUACACGUGGUAAUAAAUUAACUAGGUCGCCUACGAUCACUAUUCUAGAAGUUGAUAAAUGA